CACCACCAUCUCACUCUCAUCAAAGAUACCCCUACUGCCAUCUUCAAAGACGUGAAAUUCGUUGCGCCAUAGGACACGGCACAGCCAGCCAUGGACCAAAAACGACAGGCCGCCGCGGCUGCCCGCCCGCGGCAGUUCCAAAUCAACCGCACCUCCUUCACGCGCCACUACGACAUCUACUCAACCACCGACGGACAGCAGCAGCAGCAGCAGGCCUACUACAUCGACAUUUCGUCCUUUACGCCGGGAAAGCCCGACCUGACGGUCUACGAGGGAAAGGGGGGCCCGAAAGGAACCGGCGGCGGCAGCGUCGUGGCCGUCGUGCACAUGCCCAAGCUCUCGGGCGACUUCAAGAUUGGGCUCGGCGGCGGGGGCGGGCUGGCGGGGGCGGCGGGGGCGACGACGCGCUGGGAGGACAUGACCAAGGAGGACGUGCGGCACUCGCGGCACCGGUGGGCGAUGACACUAGGGGGAGACGGAGGAGAUGAAAGUGGCGGCGGCGGGCAGAGGCGGCGAAGGGAGCGACGGGAGUUUAUGUGGAAGCGCACGCGGCGGGUGGCCGCCGAGGGGACGAGCGUGUCGUCGCUGAGCGGCCGGAACCUGAAGCUGGUGGAGGUGCAUGGCAGCGGCGGCGGUGGAGGUGGCGGCAGUAACGGAGAGGAGGAAGGUGAGCGAGAAGAGGUGCUCGCCGUGUUUACGAGCGACCGGGGGUUCUCAUCGUGCGGCGUGCUGCAGAUUAACAGCGACAACAACGAGGGCCGUGACUUUGAGGUCAUGGUGGUGACGACCUGCGUGGCGCUGUAUGAAAAGGCGAGGCGGCGGAGGCAUCGCGCGGCAGCUGGGGGCGGCGGAGGUGGUGGUGGCGGUGGGGGAUGAGGCGGAUGAUGAUGAUGAUGGGAGAGGUGGUCGUGGUGUUGUUGGUUCCAUGGCCAGUUGGCACCACGACUAAUAAGGCCUGGGGAUGUGCGCCUGACUGCGAUCCACCCUGUCAUUAUACAUUAAGAUGAGGGGUAGACCGAAUGGGACGGGACUCGCAGAAUGAGCUCCGUAGAGGAGUCGGAAUUGAAUACUCAUUAUUAGCAGCG